CCAUGAGUUGCGUCCACAAGGUGCUAAAUGUGUUGCUACGUGGACUCGUCAUCUAUGCGGUACUGGGCUUGGGGUGCACUUACUCGAGUGGGCAACCCACCAGCCCCACCACUGAUGCUGCAAAUGUAGCCACCACAGACCCCUGUCUUAUAGUGAUGCCGCCAUGCAUGAGCGAGGCCGACCGCUUCAGCCUGGAGGCGCUGCGGCACAUCCACAAACAGCUGGAUGACGAUAAUGACGGGGGAAUAGAGGUCAAUGAAAGUGUUGAGUUUAUUAUCGAAGACAUGAAGCAGCAGCAAACCAACAAACAUAGCAACCUGCACCAUGAAGACCAACACAUCACUGUGGAAGAGUUGUGGAAGGGCUGGAAGACCUCUGAAGUCCACAACUGGACCAUGGAGGACACUGUGCAGUGGCUGAGGGAGUCAGUGGAGCUGCCGCAGUAUGAGAAGAACUUCCGGGACUUCCGGGUCACAGGGAACACCUUACCUCGAAUAGCGGCAAAUGAGCCGUCAUUUAUGUCGAUUCAGCUGAAGAUAUUAGACCCGCGGCAUAAACAAAAACUGAACCUGAAGGCGCUCGAUGCUGUGCUGUUUGGUCCUCCUCUCCGUCCACAACAUAACUGGAUGAAAGACUUUGUCCUGAUGGUUUCCAUAGUGAUCGGUGUGGGGGGCUGCUGGUUUGCUUAUGUGCAAAACAAGUCCAGCAAGGUGCACAUCUCUCAGAUGAUGAAGGAUCUGGACAGCCUACAAAAUGCUGAGCAAAGCCUCCUAGACCUGCAGAGUCGACUAGAAAAAGCUCAGGAAGAGAACCGGACAGUGGCUGUGGAGAAACAGAACCUCGAGCAGAAAAUGAGGGACGAGAUCCACGGGGCCAAAAAGGAGGCUCACCGGCUCCGAGAGCUGCGGGAGGGAGCCGAGUGUGAGCUGAGUCGCCUCAAAUAUGCAGAGGAAGAGCUCGUACAGGUGCGCAAGGCUCUGAAGCGAGCGGAGAAGGAGAUGCAGUCGGAGCGCUCGGUGCCUGAAGCUCUGCAGAAGUGGCUGCAGCUGACGCACGAGGUGGAGGUCCAGUACUACAACAUCAAGAAACAGAACGCAGAGUUUCAGCUCUGUGUCGCCAAAGAUGAGGCAGAGAAAAUUAAAAAGAAGAGAAGUUCUGUGUUUGGAACUCUUCACGUAGCCCACAGUUCAUCACUCGAUGAGGUGGAUCACAAGAUACUGGAGGCCAAGAAAGCCCUGUCAGAGGUAACGGCGUGCCUGAGGGAGCGUCUCCACCGCUGGCAGCAGAUUGAGAAGCUUUGUGGCUUCCCUGUUGUCAGUAACUCCGGGCUGCCGAGCCUCACAGCCAGUCUCUACUCAGACCACAGCUGGGUGGUCAUGCCGCGGGUUUCCGUGCCUCCGUACCCCAUCGCGGGCGGAGUGGAUGACCUGGACGAGGACACGCCUCCCAUCAUUCCACAGUUCACAUCAACUACUUUGAUCCGGCCGUCGCUUACGCGCAACAGCAGCAUGUGUCGUUCCCGCCGGAGCCUACUGAGCUCCCCGCCGUCCUCGCUGAUGUCUCCAGACCCGGACCUGCUGUCCAUGGCCAGCUCGUCCCUCUCCUAUCGCCCCGAGGCAGACGACGAACAUAUCAUGUUCAGCUCGGAUAGGAGGGGGUAUGUAGCGGUGGCCGGAACGCUGCGGAAUGGUUUUAAAGUUUGGACUCAAAGGGAACUGGCUCAGGAGGGCUGUUCUGACACAGACUCUCUAAACUCAUCCACGGGUCGAAAGCAGCUGCAGAACGCAGACACGCCGGGAUUGGAGACCCCCUACCGCAAGAUCUCCCGCGAGGAGCUGCUGAUGUUCAGCCAAAAUCCAGAGCUUCCUGCUUCCAUUCACACCACCACCAGCAGCAGCAGCAGCAGCGGCAGUCUCAGGGACUCCACGCCUCCUCCUCUCCCGCCCACUCCAGCCACCACACCCUCGGGCCCGCCCUCCACCUCGCCUUCCCCGGCCUUGGAGCACCACUCAUUUGCACACAGAGGCUCUCCUGACCUCACCAGCAGGAUCCCGGAGUCCCAAAGCGCGAUCUUCUCGCAGGGGAAUGUCAUCACCUCUCAGACGGGAAAGGGCACGUACAACGGCAUGUUGGAGAAGUCCUACAGCUACGGUCAGCUGCCUGCCAGCAUGCUGCCCAACGUGGGCCGCUUCCCAUCUCUGACCUCCCUGGACUCGGAGGGCAGGAGCGCGGGAAGAGAGUACAAGCUCCAAAGCACGUCCUCCCAGGACUCCAGCGACAAUGGAGAGAAAAAGCGCUCCUCUAAACUGAAAAGCUUGUUCAAAAAGAAAAAAUAGUAAGAGAGAGAAAGAGAGAGAGAGAGAAAUAAGGAGUUGUUUUAGCCAGAAUACUAAUAAAAUGGACAUCACUGUAAAGCUAAAACAUUUCAUUUUCUCUCUUUGUUUUCGUCAGAGAUGGAAUGUAGCUCAGGCUGGAUGCCUUUAAACACUCCAGACUGCUAGCCUUAUUUUUCAAUAAUACCUUUUUCUUUUUUUUUUAGUUCACUCAUAGCCUCACAGGGAAACCUGCAAAGGUCAAUCAAACAGUCGUCAUCCAAACAGACAAAAAAAACCCUCUGUCUUAUUUUUAUGUUAUUUUGUGUUUGAACCAAAAAGCCACUAUGUGUAAAGGUCUAAAGGCAUAGUUCCUAAAUUUAUCCGGUGAGUCAUGUUUGCUGUCCUUUUCCAAAGUAUUUACUUAACAGUUACUUCCCCUUCAGUAUAUUCAUCUUUGCACGCUGCAAAGUGUUUUGAGUCCUUAAAUCAUCUAUUUGAUUAUUAUCUUUUGGAAAAAGAAAAAAAAAAAUCUUGCUUAAAGUUUGUUGCACUACUGCUUCCUGGUUUGGGACAUGAAAUAACGGUAUAAAAGAUGAGAGGAACUCAUGGGCAGCAGCAGUGAAAAUGCAGCACACGACGUCAGACGACGUGCCAAAAACGAUCUGAUGCAUUUUCAAUGUCGCUGUCAAUGGUCAUCUCAAAAUAUAAUAUAUAUAAAUAUAUAUGUAUAUUUUUUUGGCAUUUUAAUUCUACUUCUAGAUUUAGAUCGGUGGGAUCCCGACAAACUCGUCUUAACAGAAGAAAGUUGAUUGAAUAUGCAGAUUUAACCCCCACCAGUCAUUUUCCCCUGUUACAGCCUGGGUUAUACUUCCUGCGUCCGCUUAUCUUCACGUCCUCUUGAUGUAAAUGUUCAUAAUUUGCCGACGUCCUCUGCGAUCUGGCGAACCCUACGUGGACAAAAGCGAGCCCGCCUCUAGUUUGAGUCCGACUCUAUCUGUCUAACUGUUUAUUAACAACAAAUGAUACAGUGGUCAAGUUUGAGUAAACAGUUAUUGGACAGCAUUAACGGUCUGCCUCUCCAAUCUAAAUUAUACACGGUAUAUUCAAUAAAAAAUAAUAGUUUUUGUGACUUGCCGACAUUUAUCAAGUUUCUGAGAACAAAAAUGCAAAAAUUGUAAUUGGAUGAUUAAUAAUUAUGCAAACAUUGGUCCAACAAAACACUUUUUGGCCACUCAAAAGGACAAAAAGACUACGAAGAAGAAGGUAACAUAGGUAAAAUUGCCAGAUGUUCUAUAUGUGACUCCUGGCUCAAAGAUUGUGAAUUCCUGGUGCUAAAUUGCUGCUUCUAAAAUGGAAUUAGAACUUGAAAUUCACACGCACAGAACCAUGUGGAAAUGUGAAGCGGCUCUCCAUGGACACAGAAAGUAUGACCCAGCCCUAAUCUACUGUUGUUACUUGACAAACUGCGUUCUGUAGCCAUACGAUGUACCAUUUCCAUACGUGUUCGUUUUAAAGUCCCUCGUCCCUCUGCAACACUUGGUGUCGCUAACAGAUUUCGGUCAAAUUGUGUAGAAGUAACUGUGUUUGUAGGUGGAGAGCCACAUGACACGUAAGACUGCUGCAGCCAUGUCACCUUUUUUUCUUUUUUUUUUUAAAUGACAAGAAAAUGUGUGUGCGUGUGUGUCUAGACUGUACUGUGAUGAUGUGGCCUCUGCCGUUGAUGUUCACAGACAUUACAAAAAAAAAAGAAAGAGGAACUUUUUGAUCCUGAUCUGAUCGAAACACCAAGAGUUCGCACCAUGCACUACGCUCGAAGCCGACCCACGCAAUACAGUCCCUCUCCUCACCUCUGGGCCUGCACCGAGUGCACUGAUGUCAAAAGCUUCUGCUUUCACACUGUGAUCUUUGCCUUCUUUUACGUUCAUCCUAGACCUGACCAUCACCACUGAUGCUUUACG